CGGAUAGAAAGUAAGUGAGAGAAGAAAGAGUAGGAGGAAGGGCAACGCUUAGAGGUUUGUAACAGUAGAUAGGAAGAGAGAGAGAAGGUGUGUGUAUCGAGUCAUUCGGUUUGCUGCUUUGGUAGCAGUGUGACGGCUGUCUUACUGGUCUUCAUCUCUCGAAAACUUGAUUUCCUCUUGGAAUCUGUAUUUCUAGAUAGACUAGUAGGAUAUAAAUCUAUAAACAUUGGAUAUUAAUAUUAUUCCUUACCAUCGCUACCGACCAUGCCAAAACCGAUUUUAGAUGCUAUAGAUAGCUUUGUGUCUCAAGCUGUCCCCUGGGAUGUCUUCAAAGGUCAUACGAAGGUAAAUGUACGCGUCCAAACCAUGGAUGCGGAGCUGGAAUUUGCCAUCCAGCCCAGCACCACAGGCAAACAGCUUUUUGAUCAGGUCGUGAAAACAAUUGGUCUUCGAGAAAUUUGGUUCUUUGGUCUCCAAUAUAAAGACAGCAAAGGGUUUUGUACCUGGUUGAAACUUAGCAAGAAGGUGACUAGCCAGGAUGUCAGGAAAGAAACCCCUCUCGAUUUCCAAUUCAGAGCCAAAUUUUUCCCUGAAGACGUGGCUGAGGAGUUGAUACAAGAAGUUACUCUGAGAAUGUUCUUCCUUCAAGUGAAACGCGGUAUUCUUUCCGAUGAAGUUUAUUGUCCGCCAGAAACUUCGGUUCUUCUUAGUUCCUAUGCCCUCCAGGCUAAAUAUGGUGACUGUGAUCCUGAGAAGCACGCAGCUGGCUUUUUCAUUAAUGAAACACAGGAGAAACUUCUGCCACAAAGAGUAUUCGAUCAACACAAAUUGACUCCAGCUCAGUGGGAAGAGAGAAUUGUGACCUGGUACCAAGAACACAAGAGAAUGCUAAGAGAGGAUGCCAUGAUGGAAUACCUGAAAAUUGUCCAAGAUCUUGAAAUGUAUGGUGUGAACUACUUUGAAAUCAAGAACAAACGUGGCACAGAAUUGUGGUUGGGUGUUGAUGCUCUUGGACUUAAUGUCUACGAGAAGGAAGAUAGGUUAACUCCUAAGAUUGGUUUCCCCUGGAGUGAGAUCAGAAAUAUUUCUUUCAACGACAAGAAGUUUAUAAUUAAACCAAUCGACAAAAAAGCCCCUGAUUUUGUCUUCUAUGCACCCCGGUUACGGAUCAACAAACGUAUUCUUAGUCUGUGUAUGGGAAAUCAUGAGCUGUACAUGCGUCGUCGGAAACCAGACACCAUUGAGGUGCAACAAAUGAAAGCUCAGGCAAAAGAAGAGAAAAUGGCCAAACAGCAAGACCGUGAGAAGAUUGAAAAAGAACGCAGGAAACGUGAAGAGGCUGAGAAGAUGCUAAAAUCAUACGAAGCCAAAUUGGAAGAAUUGUUACGGGAAGCUGAAACUCGUCAGAAAGACUUGGAUGUGUCUGAGAUGAAGAAGAUGGAAUUGGAAGACAAUUUGAAUCGGUAUAACAAGGAACGAGAAGACUUACUGACUGAGAAAGCGAGAGCUGAAGAGAUGAAGCAGGAAGCUUUGAAGAAUGUAGACCUUGAAAAAGAAGUAAGAAACCAGAAAGAAAGAGAAGCCUUGGAGGCAAACGAAGUUGCUGAGAAACGUGCUGCAGAGAUAUCCGAAAAGGAGACCCAGAUGCGUGAGCUGCAGGAACAACUGGAAGCCAUCAGGAGAGAAACGGAAGAGAAAGAUGCGGCAUACAACGCCCUGAUAGUGCAGCAUGCGCAGCAAAGUAAAAUCAAUGCAGAACAUGUGAAGGAGCAUGACUAUGAAGAAUCUGCAGGAACCGAAGACGAUACUACAUAUGGUGCUGAGUUACAAACCUACGAGAAUCAAGAUCUUCCGAGACCUGAAGAAGAAAGACUAACUUUGGCUGAAAAGAACCACCGUUUGAAAGAGCAGCUAAAGGCACUUGGAGACCAGUUAGUAGGUUCAAAAGAUAAAAGCAAAGAGAGUAUAAAUGAUGUCCUCCAUGCAGAGAAUGUGAGGUCUGGCCGUGAUAAAUACAAGACGCUGAAGCAAAUCCGGUCCGGAAACACCAAGAAACGAGUUGAUGAGUUUGAGGCAUUCUAAUUGUUCCUUUACUUCUGUGGCUCAGAUGAUCAAUGAUGCAGUCAGCUUAAACAGAGAAACUUUUGACCAAAGUGGCCUUUUUUUUUUUAAUUUAUUUUUUUUUAAAAUGGGCUGUUCAAGGACUCUUUAAAAAAAAAAACGAUAAAAAAAAUCUUUAAAAAAAAAAACCCAUCCAAGCAACAACAAAACUUUGAAAGAAAACCUCAAGAACUGAGAACUGACUGUACAUGUCCACUGUAACCAUAAACAAAAACAUUUUAUUUUUCCUGGCAGUUUUUGGUGCAAAGCCAUUUUUCCUUUAUUUUUUAUUUUAUUUUUUUUUUUUCAGUUUAUAUAAUCAACUAAAAAACAAAAAAAUCAUCUUGCAUUAUUAUUAUUAUUAUUAUUAUUACUAAUUAAUUAAUUAAUGAAAAUGGGG